UGUGUUUCGACAUCAUGAAGGGUGUGGUGUGUGUAGCUGUGUGUCUGCUGGCUGUAGUUGCAGGGAAUGAGUAUGACAAUGUAGUCAUCGAGGCAGCUGCCAUGCAACUACUCAAUUUUAGCCAGGAACACCCAAAACCUAAUUUACUUACUACAAGUGCGGGAAUUCCGGUAGACAUAAGGGACUGGACAGCUUUGAAUUCAGAUUUUUUUGACAACGAGUUUUUUGUGGAUAGCACACUAACACUAGAUGCCGAAAGAAUACCAGAAAGAGUGGUUCAUGCUAAAGGUACUGGCGUUUUAGGUUAUUUUGAAGUCACUAACGACGUAUCAAAGUACACCAAGGCGGAUGUUUUCAACGGUAUCGGCAAAAGAACAUCUAUUGUCGUUCGAUUCUCUACAGUAGCCCAAAACCUUGGAGGACCCGAUACAUUAAGGGAAAUGAAAGCUUUUGCUGUCAAGUUUUAUACGAAAGAUGGAAAUUUGGAUUUAAUUGGCAUUAAUUUUCCAGUCUAUUUUUAUAAAGACCCUAUUGAUUUUACUUCAUUUGUGCGUUGCUUUAGACGUAACCCGAGCAGCCAUUUGUUUGACCAAAAUUCACGAUGGGACUUUAUAACGCAAAAACCUUCUACAAUACAUGGAAUGUUGUGGCUGUUCUCGGAUUAUGGAUUACCUGAUGGGUAUCGUAAAAUGGACAAUUUCCCUGUGCACACUUAUGUGAUCAACAAUGAAAAUGGAGAUAAAUACUAUGCUAAAUUUAACUUUAGAACUGAACAAGGCUUAGCAAAUUUGACUAAUGCACAAGCACAGGCACUGGGAGACAUAGAUUACUAUACAAGGGAUCUGUAUAAUUCUGUAGAAGAGAAUAACUUCCCUGUGUGGAGGCUCGAUAUGGACAUUAUGAUGCCCGAAAAUUCAAAAUAUCUCGAUUAUGACCCGUUCGACGUUACAGUGUUAUGGAAAAGAGGUGACUACAAAACUGUAACAAUUGGACGUUUAGUUCUUAAUCAGAACACUGAUAAUAACUUCCGAGAUAUAGAGCAGUCAGCUUUUUGUCCUGGCAAUUUAGUUCCUGGUAUACCUGGUCCAAUAGAUUUCAUGUUCAAAUCAAGAAGGGUCGCUUAUAGAGACACUCAAAAUUAUCGACUUGGACGUAAUCAUGAUAAGAUUUAUGUGAAUCAACCAAUUUACGCAAAGACUUACAAUCGUGAUGGACGUCCUCCCUUGGAUGACAAUAUGCGUGACACUCCGAAUUAUUUUUCUAAUUCCUUUAACGGUCCUGUACCUUUUGUGGACGAGACCCGUCCAAAAACGAAACUGUUACUGUUGGAAAGCAAUGCCAUAGAUUUGCAACCUGCUGCAGAUUUCUACAAUGAAUACGUGAAAGAAGAUGCGCAUAGAGACAGACUUGCCAGUAAUGUGGUUGAAUCGUUCCAAAACGUCUACCCUGAACUUAUAGACAGGGCGGUGAAACUUUUGUCUCAAAUUGAUCCUGAUUUGGGGCGGAGAGUGAAUGACAAAUUAUGGCAGCAACAACAACAACAACGAGCUGCGGCGGCUUCAGUCCGUAAACUUCCGCGUCUUCAACAGAAAACUAGACCUUUGAAUCAUAGGCCUGUAACCUCCAAAAUAUCAUCAGAGUUUUCUCGUCGUGACAAGAUAAUUAAUUACUAAUACAUUUUCUUUUUAAUUAUUAAUACAGUUUGAUAUAAUAAUUAUAACAAACUAGUGG